UCAAGCGGAGGAGGAAGAAGGAGUUCUCGUUUACGGCAGGGACCAAAGAGCCUCGGAAGAAAGAUAACUCAGUAAAUGCUGGGCGACUGAACGGUGUCAGACACAGACCCGAGGUUUACGUUUCAUAAAUCGUGACCGGGAGCUGUUGCAGCGGAGCGGAGCCACCAUGCUGACAUGUAGGACUGUAUGGAGGAAGCUUGCGCCUCUAGGCAGAGCCUCGGCAACUGCAUGCCGGCAGAACGUGAGGAGAGCAGGGCUGAACAAUGCCAGAACACCGCUGUGUGUGCCUGUGGCGCACAUGUCCACGGGGCCGGCGGGGGGAGGCGGAGACAACCUGAAAUACGCCCUCCUAGUGGGAGCAGCCUUUGCUGGUGGCCUAACAUACGCUGUCCUUACCUUAAGGGGAGACCAGGACAGGUAUCUGGAGCGUAUGGCAGAUAUCUCCUCCAGAAGACAGAUAUCAACCGUGAAACAAUCAGCCACACAGACCCUUACAGAACCUCCUGCUGCUGGAGCCGCCGAGACUGCGGCCCCCCCUGAGCCAAAACCUGAAGCCCCUCCGUCACCAGAGGAGCCGAGCCCACCGGCUGAGGUCGCUGGUGCCGAAGCGGCAACCUCCAGUGAAGCAGCUCCAGCUGCAGACGCCAAACCUGCCUCUCCCACAUUGCCCUCACACGCCCCCUACCUGCUGAUUGGCGGCGGUACGGCCUCUUUUGCAGCUGCUAGAUCUAUCCGAGCCAGAGACCCUGGUGCCAAGGUACUGAUUGUGACCGAUGAGCCCAACCUUCCAUACAUGAGGCCACCUCUUUCUAAGGAGCUGUGGUUCUCGGACGACCCCAGUGUAACAGAGACCCUGCGUUUCAAACAGUGGAACGGGAAGGAAAGAAGCAUCUACUUCCAGCCGGCGUCGUUUUACAUCGAUGCAGAAGAUUUGAAAAGUGCUGAAAAUGGUGGAGUGGCCGUCCUCACAAACAGGAAGGUGGUCCAUAUGGAUGUUAGAGGAAACAAAGUAAAACUUGAUGACGAUACAGAAAUUUCAUAUGACAAGUGCUUAAUUGCUACAGGCGGCAUCCCAAGGAAUCUGCAGGUAAUCGAGAGAGCAGGAGAGGAGGUGAUGAAGAGGACAACUUUGUUCCGCAAGAUCGAAGACUUUAAAUCACUGGACAAGGUGUCGAGAAGCAUGCAGUCCAUCACCAUUAUUGGAGGUGGAUUCCUGGGCAGUGAGCUGGCCUGUGCUCUUGGCAGGAGAUCAACAGAGACUGGAUUAGAGGUGAUUCAGAUGUUCCCAGAGAAGGGCAACAUGGGCAAGGUGCUGCCCGAGUAUCUGAGCAACUGGACAACAGAGAAAGUCAAGAAAGAGGGUGUAAAGAUAAUCUCUGAAGCGCUGGUGAAAUCCGUGUCUUACAAAGAUGAUAAACUAGAAAUAAAACUCAAGGAUGGACGAUUGGUAAAGACGGAUCACAUUGUUGCCGCUGUCGGACUGGAGCCCAACGUGGACCUCGCCAAGUCAGCCGGUCUGGAGGUGGACUCGGACUUUGGCGGCUAUCGGGUCAACGCCGAGCUGCAGGCCAGGUCCAAUAUCUGGGUGGCUGGAGACGCAGCCUGUUUCUAUGACAUCAGGCUGGGCCGCAGACGAGUGGAGCACCAUGACCACGCUGUCGUCAGUGGGAGACUGGCUGGAGAGAACAUGACGGGAGCCAGCAAGCCGUACUGGCAUCAGUCUAUGUUCUGGAGUGACUUGGGACCUGAUGUCGGCUAUGAGGCUAUCGGGAUUGUCGACAGCAGCCUGCCGACAGUAGGCGUGUUUGCCAAAGCCACUGCCAAAGACACACCCAAAGCUGCUACCGAGGAGUCAGGAACUGGGAUCCGCUCAGAAAGUGAAACGGAGGACACGGCUUCCAGCGCGGUGGCCCCUGCAGCCCCGGCUCCUGCCGUGGAGAACAAGGACGAAUACGGAAAAGGAGUCAUCUUCUACCUGAGAGACAAGGUGGUGGUGGGCAUCAUCCUGUGGAACGUCUUCAACCGAAUGCCCGUCGCAAGAAAGAUCAUCAAGGACGGAGAGGAGCACGCAGAUCUGAACGAGGUGGCCAAGCUGUUCAACAUCCACGAGGACUGAGCUGCUGGAGGCUGGCUCACUUUCAGGGGAGAGAGUUUUACCUUCACAGAAAAAAAAAAAAAAAAAAACGACUCUGGCGCUGAUUGCCACCGUCGUUAAGACCCAAACCCGUCACGGCUACCAAUGCGAGGAUCAAUGUAUAUUAAACUGUUGAUAUUUUCAUAUUUGGAGUUUGUAUCUGCUGUCUUGUUUGGUUUGUUUGGGCUCAUUACCUCAUGACAGGUCCGCGUCUUGUUUUCCUUCCACCACCCCCACCCCACCAGGCCGAACUGUUCUCCUUCUGUGUGAUCGGAGCAGCUUGUAAAAAAAAAAAAAAAAGCUGCAAUAAAAGCUAUUUUUAAAUUGGA